AUGACUGCGCGGCAAUAUGAGGAUGAUCCCACUACCAAGGAACUUCGCAAGAAGGGCAGAAAGGCGCUGUCGGCUUUCCGUGUAGUCAUGUCUGUCAAUGCUUCUGCUUCUGCUGCCGAGGCUUCUGACCAGCGUCGUUCCGAACAUGAAGAGCAAUUGUUGUCUGUUUCUUCUGAGAUUCUGGCCACUCUGGUAGACAUAAGCCAUUCUCUCGCUGUCAUCGCGAACUCUGGACUAGCUCGGGCUGGCACCACCCAGAUGCCAGACGACCGUACCUGGGAUGCAUCUGAUGAUGAGGAUGACGAUUGA